ACUAGGACAACGACACCCCACUCUACGGUCACCCAGCCAUUCGCGAAUCGUUUUUCCGCACUUGUGCGCCACCAAGUCAGCAGACCACGUCCUCAGUAGUGGUAUAGGUAGUUUUGGUGCUGCAGUUUUCAUCAAGCUUUCCACCCUUCUCGUUAUAAAUUUUCCGUCUGUCUUUUGUGUCCUGUCUGUCUGUCUGCCUAUUUCAAAGAAAUCCUGAUGGAGGAUGAUGGUGUGAAAAUGUCAAUCAAAUUUUAAGUUUUCUCGUUCGUUCGUUGAUCGCGGAUUUCGUCGUGUGUUUGAUUUCGGAUUAAUAUUUUGGCGAUACCCCGUUUCGAAAAGAUAACGAUUUGCAGAGCAAACAAGUGCACAAGAAAAAAAGAUUUCCUCGCGUGAGACAUGAGUGCGAUGUGAUGUGCUGAGAGGACGUUGUGGAUGAAACCAAUUCAGUUUUUACAGUGUGUUUCUUUGCUUCCUGUUCGAGAGUGGUGUCCUGUUGAAUUCUAGUUCAACACCUUCCCCCAUUAAAGGAUGAAUUUCUCGGCAUUCGGGGGUCCAUUUUCCGGGAUCCAUCAGUUUGCGGCCAAGUUCGGGAGCAAUGACGGGGCAUUUACCAGCACGACGAAUUCGGCGGCGGUGGCGGCCGUGACUGGAAAUGGCGCCGGACCAGGAGGACUCGGCGGGGCGGGUGCAGCCGGAGGAGGCAGUGGAAAUGCUGCGACUGCUGGUGUUCCCGUCAGCUUGGGUGGCAUCAAUAUUGGCCAGCAGGAUCUCAAUCGAUACCACGGGGCGACCAAUGGGAACCACUUCAAUCAGAAUUCUACCUCAAUGGUUAACACGCCAAUGUCAUACGGCCAAAACAUCACCCUUCCGUACAGUCAACCACAGCCCGACCAUGGCUUUGCCAACAAUAUGCAAACGGAUCAAAAUAAGCUAAAGAACACGAUCAAAGUCGAUCGAGACGAGAUGAUCAAUCAGCAAAUCCUGCAAAAUGUAAACCAAUCCUGGCAAACGCUGGCCAACCCGACGAAUACGGUAGACUACUCGUCUCACCUGUUGUCAGCCACGCUGCCCAUUUCGAUACAGCACUUUCUCAAAUAUUCGGAAACAAUAAAGAAAGAGUCGAACGGCGUAGGAUCCGGGUUGGCUUCCCCCGGACCGCUGAGUGGACUGAUCGGAGUGGAGACUAACGCAUUCAAUGUGCAGAAAGACUUGCUGAAUUUGAAAAAUGGCUCGAAUUUGAAUUUAGCGUUGGGCAACGUUGCUGUUAGCGCCGCUGCAGCCAGUUUAGGUCUUAAUCAUCAGCACUUUACACAUCAUACGAAUAACCAUCAGGACAAUAGCCAAAACUAUGGAAAUCUUAACCAACUACCGAUUAUUCCCAACAACACGGCUAACUGCCAACAACAGAUCACUAACCAAUCGAAUGGUAUGAACGGAACUGUGAACGGAAAUGCCACACCAGCCGCAACGACGAAUUCCAACAACACCAACAAUUCCAACGGAAACGCGGCCAACUCUGGAACGGCCACAACCAAGACGACCGGUAAGGGAAAAUCCAAACGCCAAAAGAAAGAAAAGAAACGUAAACCACCGAAGGAGAAGAAACCUCGCCCUAAACCCGGACAGAUCCGCGAAACGAAAGCCUUGGACGGAUCGCCCCUCUUCUGCUGUCCCGAGUGCCAAAUGGCGUAUCCGGAGCGUGGCCUGAUCGAGCAGCACGUUAUAUCGCAUGCAGUGGAGCGUCGCUUUGUGUGCGAUAUUUGCCACGCGGCUUUGAAGCGGAAGGACCAUCUGACCCGCCAUAAGUUGUCGCACAUUCCGGACCGGCCGCAUAUAUGCAGCAUAUGCUUGAAAUCGUUCAAACGCAAGGAACAACUGACACUGCAUAUAGUAAUUCACACCGGUGAGAAGAAGCACGUGUGCAACGAAUGUGGCAAAGGCUUCUACCGGAAGGAUCAUCUCCGCAAGCACACCCGUUCGCACAUUGCCCGCCGCGUAAAGUCCGAAAUGUCCGCUCAGUCAGGCUCCGGAAAUGGCUCGAACAAUGCCAACAACUCCAACAGUAACAACAACAACAAUAACAAUGCGGCCCUUGCACCUUCACUGAUGGCCACGAACAUGCAGGGGGCACCGGUAACAGCCUCCUGAGCCUCGUAUAAGGACUUUUGGUAAGGUGGAUGUUCUAGUUUUCUGCGGAAGACGAAAUUUUUGCGCGGGGGAAAUGUUUUGGGGGUCGGAUGAAGCUAGUCGAUGAAUAAACUAGGUGCAAUUUUUUCUGUUAAUAUUAUACCACACGAUUCAAUCAACCAUGUAGUUCAAUAGCCCUGAAAUUUUGUUCAACUCAUUAUACAAACUAUAGAGCAGCAAACAGUUGACAGUUGUUAUAGAGUUUAUACCAGAUAAGCUUGAAAUGAAUCGACACUAUGACUUUGGAUUCCUACGGACAUUGCCCUGCCCAAGAGAACAUCGUACAUACCAUACCAAAAGUCCAUACCUUUCGGUCAUCCGGGAAUACUCAGAUGACUACGGCUUGCGUUUUACUCGUAAGCCAAACCAAACUGAUCAAGAUCUAACCUGAGUUAUACGAUUCAAUAUCGAAAUUUUAUCUCUUAACACACCGACACGGAGGAGGCUCGCCUGACCUCACCCGGAACGAGUAUACGUGCAAUCUGACCUGAUAUGAAUCUAUCUCCACCGGUUAACGAUUUAGUAGCCAAUACCGUUGCUGCACAAAGCUGAUCUAUAUACACUACCCGUCAUAAGUACGGACUCACAAAAAGUAUUGCAACAAUAUUGCAUCACUCUGACUCACCUCGAUAUCUCCAAAACCUGAGCACUUACGAAGAUGCUGUCUUCAGAUAAGUUAUUCAGAAGACCAAAAGCAACAACUUUUCUGGAGGCGGCAUUUUUGUAGGUGUUCUGGUUUUAGAGAUAUCGAGGUGAGUCAGGGUGAUGCAAUAUUGUUGCAAUACUUUUUGUGAGUCCGUACUUAUGACGGGUAGUGUAGAUAUCUCCCAUCUGCUGCUAAUACUGCUUUUACGAUAGAAUCUCCCCGAAAUUCGCUUUAUUCUAACAAUCUUCGGACUCGAAAAUCUCCGCCUCUAAAAGAAUAGCAAUAAUUUUUCGGAAACCAAAAAGCAUUCGAGCGAACGUUUAACAGGUCACGCCCGAGAGGCCUCUGACUGCGGCACACAACAGACUAAUAUGAAGAUAUACGAAAUCAAUAAGCUAAAAGACGGAUAAUAUUUUUCUUACCGAGAGUUGCUAAACAAGUUGCAAAUAUACGACGAUAUACAAUUGGAGAAAGUGUAAUAUUUUAUUUAUUGAGAGCGAACCGUAACUGAUGUAGUAAACGAUAUCCUUAAGAAUAUAUAUUUUGUACUGAGUAUUGGAAAGAAUCCAGUAAAAAAGAUGUUUAAGAUAACUAAAACCUAUAUAUUAAAACAUAAAGUAAUACGAAGAUUAAAUAUAUGCAAAACAGUUUUAACAGCCGUAACUCAAGAAAGGAAGGGAAAAUCGAAGCAAAAAAAAAUUGUUGGAAACUAAUUGGAACUGAACGGAAUUGCAAAAUCACUACUAACAUGCUCUCGGCGGUCAGCAAAAUAGACUUUCUUUCGUAAAAGAAACAAACUAUGUCUACCUAUAGGAAUUAAAACAAAAAAAAAUCUCCUAAACUUACUUCAAACUAGUCAGAGGAAAAGCAGAACACAUUAUCGCAUGCAACAAUAUAAAGAAAUAUUUAAGAAUUCAAAGUACAAAACUUAAAAGAGAAAGAGAAAAUAAAUACUGUUGAAACAAUAGUGAACAAAUCAUACUACGAUACAAAUUGAAAACAAACAUAAACAGAACAAAAAGUUACUCCAAAACAAUGUUGCAGCAACACAAACUUACCAAAGCGAUGUUCAAAUACUUAACUACAACAAAAUAAAGUACACAAAAGUAUGGGAAGAAAAAUCAACAAUACACUACGAAUUACACUGACACAAAGAGAAGAACAUUAUCAUAUUUCAUAUAACCGAGAAAAAAAAAACAGAUUCGAUAUUAACUGAACCCAGAGAAAGAUCUAACCAAGAGAACAAAAAUGCUAUUUUAUUAUUUUGUGUGGAAACAUGAACAGGAGUCGAAGCAGAUUUAUUAAAUACCAAACAUAUAUAGACCGGUAAAGCAGAAACUAUAAAAGUAAAACAAAUCAAACAAGUACGGUUGGAAUCAACCGAAAGUUGAGAUGAUCCUUAGAAAACAUCCAAAACACAAGGCAUUUCGAUGAAAUAGUAAAUCCAACACAAACAGUUAAGAUACAAAUUCAAAUAAAAUGAAAUCAUAUGUUACACCGUUGUGCAAUAGCAAUAGGGAACGAUUUUAACCAAAGGAGAAAACUAAGAUUUGAAAACGCUAUAUUUUUUUUUUACUUCGCUGCGGGGGAAAAAGAGACAAGUAACAGAACAGAGAAUUGAGAGGUUUUUAGAAGUGCGUUUGUUUAGGUUUGUUUGAACUGAAAUUGAUGAUGAAAGUUGGACGUAUGUGGUGUAAGUAUCAGAGACUUCAGUUUCCAUUAAAAAUUCAAACUGAGUUCUGGGAGGUCUAAUUAAUAAAAAAAGUGAGUAUUGUAGGGCCUUUGGUGAAGAUAUGACAAAGAUACACCUCGAAUUUUCAAGAGCAUAAAUCUAAAGAACCGACUUCAGUUUGCGCUGAAAUGUUGAUCGAUUAGUUACCACCAGCGGCUGACGAAACGAUCAACUUUUCAGCCCUAUGGUAUAUGUAGUUCUUCAGACUUGUGCUCUUGAAAAUUCGAUGUAUGGCUUCGUCAUAUCUUCACCCUAUAAACGAUGCAGUAAGCGUACGGGCAGCAAGACGAUGCUAAUGGUGACGGAUUCGAUUCCCGAUCGAUCAAGGAGCUUUUCGUAAUGGAAAUAUCUUUGAUUCCCUUGGACAUAGAGUUUCUUCGUGCUUACCACACGAUAUGCACAUGUAACAAGGUCAUUGGCAGAGGAAGCUCUCUGGGAAUUAUGUAUAUAUGUUGAAAGAAAUGAGAUAAGAAGGAAGGAAUCAAUCUACAAACUCCCAAAACUCUUCGGCAAACCAGCACAGUGGCCAAUGUUCUACGUGGUAUACAAAGCGUACAACGAUGCCUGUAGCUUUAUAAACCACGAAAACUUCAUGCAACUCAAGGAAGCACAGGAAGGUGACACUCUCGAGCAGGUGUCCGGGCAGGUACUCCUUCCCGAAUUCAUUCCGCAAAUCAUCGAGAAACUGCGUCGACAUUAUAGGCACCCAGAACAACUGCUUCAAAACCUGUUGAACAAGGUGACUGGGUUGGAGGCUCCAAAGCCGGAUAAUUUGGAAACACAACACGGUGGAGCAACUCCGCGGCCAUCUGGAGGCCCUCCAGAGGCAGUGGAUCUACGGCAACAUCUCCGUAAAUCUGCAGCCUAGGGGCAAGACACUGUGCAAACAAGAGUAACUCUGAGAAAUUCUGAGUAACUCUUUUCACCAAUGAUCGACGAAAUUUGUUGAAAAACACUCCUAAAACUGCAAGAAAGGCGAGAUAUCGGGCAAUAUUGUUUUGAUUUUGCGAUGAAUCAGGCAACACCCAAGCAAAAACGGGAGCAAUCCGGAAGAAUUCUGAGCAACUCUGUGAAGGAAAAUGUACUCUCCAGCACAGUGUCUUGCCCCAAGUCUGCAGCUGAUGAACCCCCUGGUCGUCAAUCUGCCGGAUCGAGAAAAGCGCGAGUGUGUCAAUUACCGGCGAGAUCGAGAGAAAGUAAAGAUGCGAACGCUGAUGGAUCUCCUGAUGAGCAUCGUUGCGAACGCUAGCGAAGCCAACGUUGACGUGGAGUUUAACCCACCACCCUGUCGUCCAAAGCAGUUUCCCAACCAGGAUAGAAGACGUCGAAUCAGGAAGCUGGAUUGUACUGCCCCUGUGAAGCCAACAGCUCAGCGCAAUCGAAGAGAGGUGACAGAAACAGUGUAUGCUGUAUCAAUCAAGUCGGUGACCGCGAGAAGUUGUGAGUGGCAAGCUAGCCUCAACGAAUACGUCGGGCAGUGCAAGUUUAAAAUCCGUUGCAACAUCGGCGAGUGCAGAGAGUUCCACAAUCUGCUUACCGGUCGGAAACGCGCUUGGGCUGAGCGUACACAUCCGGACAAACUGUAUAGGCUCCCUCCGAAUCAGUCCUGGUACAACUGCACUGCGAAGAAAAAUCAGUUUCAAUGUUGAAGUUCUUGGACGAAGGUGGUUCAGUCACUCUGGUGGAGAAAAAGAGCACGCCGAUCAUCUGGGUGUGGUCGGAGUACAAGAGCGAUUGACUAUCCGGUGGAUGAGAAACUUGUCGAGAGUGGAGGAUUCCUGUGUUGAGGCCAGUGAUACUGAAGCAGGAUAAUCAAACACCAGACGGUUCCAAUUCACGUGUUUAUUACUUUGAAGAUGAAAAAAAUCUGAGUAAAGGGAAUGAACAAACACAAAAAAAACUCUGCUGCAUCUGCUGUCAACCAGGGUCAGGGCUGUAUUCAGGAUUGCGUCAUCGUCCCCCAACACUCCUCCACGAUGAUGCAGAAUCCAAGGAAUUCAUUCAGCUGUCCAAUACACCAUUGGUUCUGUUACCAAUCAGCAUAACCUCUCCGUCCUUUUUUUUAUCUGACAUUGCUUCGCUCCGAACUCAAUCUGGUAACCCGAGCUGGCAAUCAAUCCAACAGAAAUCAGGUUGCUUCGGAGAUUGGGGACAUACAGUACUUCUUUCAUUUUUACGCUAAUAAUUUCUCCAUCAGCACUCUGGCUACGAAUGAUUGCAGUACCAAAUCCCAAUGAAAGCAACUUCCUGCCGUCUGCCAGAUGAACUGUCUCUCGUUGCCCGGAAAAACAUGUGAAACAUCUUUUGUUAGAGGUCAUGUGCCGUGAAGCUCCUGAGUCGAAUAUCCAUUUUUGGUUUGACAUUUGGGAUAAUGGUUUAUCAGCUGCCGCGAAACAUACUGAUCGCCCCGACGCUUGCCGUUCAGUCACAACGUUAGCUCUCGAGUUUGCAUUCUUAUUCUCGCGAUGGUCGAUCUGUUGCUCCUCCGCAAGUCGUGACAAGUAUCGGUAACAGCUUUUUCGGAUGUGACCAGUCUUUCCACAUUCAAAACAAACCCUUGAAUCUUGACGGUCACUUGAUUCUACUGGCAACCUACGUUCCCGCGGUGUCAAAGCCUUCAACGCCUUUUCUUCCCUUACCUUCUGCUUGGCUUGUCGAUUUUCAAAUUCAUUCAGCAACUUGGUUUUCAAUGACUUCAUCGUAAAUUUACCUUCCUGUCCUUCCAUCAUCGUAACGAACCCGUCAUAUGACUCGGGCAAACUUGCCAUGACGAAAGCUCCCUCGAUAUCCUCGGCCAUUUCACAACCCACUUCCUGUAGCUUAUCGAACAACGCAUCCAUUUCAAUCAAGUGCUCCUCCAAAUUGCCGUCCUCCUCCAGCUCCAUUCGGCUUAACUUCUUAAUCAACCCUACUCUUCCAGCGGAUGAUUGUUUCACGUGGUAAUCUUGUAAAAUUUUCCAAGUUUCCUUUGCCGAAGACGCAUUUUUAAUCAGCUGCAACUGACUGCUCUCCACAAGAUAUCCAAUCGUCGCAACGGCUCGUUCAUCCUUAUCGAUCCACGUCUCCGAUUUCACUUCCGGAAUAUCGUUCACUAUGACUCGCCACAGUCCCUCUCUAAUCAACACCUGUUUGGUACGCUCCUUCCACAAAUCGUAGUUGUGGAAGUUCAGACGAACAAUUGCUUGUUUCAUAUCCAUUUCCAUCUUUUACUUCCGGAACUAAUCACAACAAAUGUCUCCGAACCACUGUUCCUAUUGUGAACCACUGUUCCCACUUUUCAGUUUGUUAUCCUUCCUGGGCCCAUAACCUGUUGAGGCCAGUGAUACUGAAGCAGGAUAAUCAAACACCAGACGGUUCCAAUUCACGUGUUUAUUACUUUGAAGAUGAAAAAAAUCUAAGUAAAGGGAAUGAACAAACACAAAAAAAACUCUGCUGCAUCUGCUGUCAACCAGGGUCAGGGCUGUAUUCAGGAUUGCGUCAUCGUCCCCCAACAUCCUGAAGACAAGAGCAUCGGGAACAAGCGCUCCAGCCGGGGGUAAGAUGCUAUUGCACACAGUACACAGUGUUACCGUUUCAAACAUUCCUUGGAGCUUGGAGCCACCAGCAAGAGAUGCAAGGACUGCUCAUCGAGUCGUACAACGGACAGUCACAGUUGCUGAUUGGAGCAAACGACAACCACUCAUUCGUGCCUAAAGCAGCUGCGUACGUCCAUGGUACAGAAUGUUGUUCGAGCUGAAACAGGAAUGGACGGUGCAUGGGCCGCGGCAGGCAAUCUCAACGACGGUCGGUAACUCUUAUCACAACAAUCAUUUGUAGAUGUCCAACGAAGAUCUGCAUAAGCUGCUGAAAAGUCACUAUGCAUAGCCAGCGUCAGUGGUAUCAACUCCGUGGAAAAUGCUAGUCCAAGUCAUACUUAAGUAAGGAUUCAAAACCUUACACAACUUUCUGAAUGAAAUUUGUUCUAGCUUAGAUGUCUGUUCUCUGUGCUGUAGCGAACCAUCAAACGCGGUUUGCUUCGGAACCGGAUUGAUGUGGAAAACGGAUGAUCCACGAUCUCCAAAAAGUUACCCGAUGACACAAUGGCACAAAUGUCCCAAAUGGAGGAUAACGUGCCUCUGGAGCCGGCCUUCUGAUACCCGAUGACGCUUGGUAGAAUGAAGCAGGAGAAGCGACUCGAGAAGAACCCAAAGCCGAAGAAAAACGUCCACAAGUAGAUCUGUAAGUACCUGUAAGUAUCUUACUACCGCCGAAGAACUGACCGGAAUUCCCUUCAAUCAAACAUAGUACCUUCCAAUCCACGACGUCCAAACUCAAAAGAAUCCAGAAAUGAUUUGUCUCGUCUGGGACGGCGCAACGACAGUACAUGCACUUUCCCUGAGCUCUCAACUGCUAACCGGGCCGGACAUACCUGUUUCGUUUGUUAAACUGUUAGAUAUGAAGUGGAUAUUUAAAGAACGUUUUCCACCACUCACCUGCUGAAGAUUCGCUCCUAUGACAAGCAGGAUGUUCGGUUCAGCCACAAUAAAACGAGGGUUUGAAAUACGAAACUAGGCUUGAAGAGCUGGUAGUUCUACGGAGACUGGGAUAGGCGAAGCCGGCGGCAUUGGUUCAUUUCAGCCGUUAUAGGCAGACGGCGAAGGAGUGAGUCCUGUAAGUAAUCUUGGAGUGAUCACGGACCAAUUUGCGCUCUUGACGAUGCAGUGCGAGGAACUGAUUCCGUACGAGCCGAUAAAAAGGAACAUCGCAUCCGUCUGGUUUGAUGUUGCCGUUCACUCACGGUAAAGUCAUCAUCCAGCGUCUGUGGCGUUCUAACUGCGACUGGGACCAAGAGUUCGGCAGCAAUUCCUGGGAAUUGUGGUAGCGGUGGACAAGUUUGCUGCCGGAGGUCGUCAACAUCCGGAUUGGUGGCUCCAAGUCAAACGAAGUCGAUUCGCUGGUAAGCCAGCUAUUCACCGAUGCCAGCGAACACGGAUACGGUUGCGAAACAUACCUGCGAGCGGUCUUGUCCACUGCAGUUUUAUGAUGUCCCGAGCUAAAAAAACAUAACAGGGAAUACCAACUUUGAAGGGUUGUUGUUCGAUAUUUUUGCUACAUGAGCUGCCCACCAUAUCAUUCUAGCUUUGGUAACUUUCUGGAUGCUCGGUUCGACGUAGAGUACAGCUAACUAGUGGUUUUCGCUCUCCACCACAUACCAUUUUUCUGUACACCAUCGAAGAUUGUCCUUAGCACUUGUCACACGAAAAAUGCCAGUGAUUCCACACGUCUUAGCAGUGGGGACACUCGUGAGUCCUAAACUAGCUCAUCUUGCGGGUUUCUCACCGUAUCUUUCCGGCUUCGAUCACCUUCUGGAUGCUGGAUCGUGGUCGAGUGCAGCGAGCUCGUGGUUCAUCCUUUACCACUGUUCUCCUGCCUAACGACGAAGAUCGCCGUUAGCACAUUUAUUGCAGUACAUUAAUUUGCACAGCAUCACAAUUAAGAUAACACAUGUAAUCAAUAACAGUACACCGCAAUAAUGGGUCUGUGGCUGCUGCUCUCCAUCUUAGGUUACGCUCAAUGCUAACCAUAUCCCGCUCCAUCUGGUCUGCCCAUCUUUGUGCUCCAACCCUUCUUGUGCCAACCAGAUCAGUAGCGAACUGCAGGGUUGUUGUCCGAUACUCUUGCAACAUGUCCUGCCCAUCGUAUCCUUACAGCUAUGGUCACUUUCUGGACGCUCGAUUCGAUGUAGAGUACAACGAGAUAGUGGUUCCUCCUUCUCCACUACACACUGUUCUCCUGCACACCGCCGAAGAUUGUCCUUAUUAGCACUCGCCACUGAAAAACUUAGGAAGAGCUGGUGCUCCAGGACACAUACAUUAACGCUGCUAACGCUGGAUUAUUUGGCCGUGGGUAGGCCACAAUGCUUGGGAUCGACGACACAGUCGGUGAGGAUGUCGGAACACCGGCGGAAUCACCCGUGGGCUGCUGCCGUGACACGGUUCCGUCCGGGCUAUGCAGGGCACGUCAAUCUUCGUCUGAUGACUGAUGAAGAACCAGAGGCUUGUCACAAGCGGAACAGUGGUCGGAACCUGGGUUUGACUUCGUUCGUAAUCUAGAGGCGAUUUCGACGGGUGGUGGCCGUCUUCCUACGGUGAUCGACAUGGGGUUCCGGCUACAGCAACGAUCCGUGGGGUUUCCGUCGCACCGAUAGAAAAGAUCCUACCGGGAUCAAUUCGUAGCAGUGGUCUUGAGCACUUCACGAAAUCCUGGCGUCCGGUGUAGUGAUAGUUUUUCCAAGGGGAAUAAAUGGUCUAUAUAAUUGACUGCUGUCCCGACUUAGAUUUCACUUCCACGUGGACCACUCCAUGGUAUGGUAUGCGACCUACUCGUGGCCGGUGGUGGUCGAGGAACGCAUUUCCGUGAAUUCUUUGGUGGUCGUGGUCUGCUGCGGCCCUUACAGUGGGACACUUGCACAUUCGGUGCUCGCUAACUAACGGCCAAUAGGGAUUCCAGGGACUCGACCCAAAUAUUCGGCUUCAAGGCAUUACUGUUUUAAUCAAUCGCAGGAGUUGCCAUACGUUUGCUUCUUGUGACGAUCAAGCGUCAUUCUUUUGCAAUUGUUACAUAGUUCGGUAACAAGUGCUUGCAGAUCAUCCUCGAGUAUGGCCCAUGUCUCGGGUUCAUAAAGCAACGUUCUGGCGCAUUGAACGGUGAUUUAUCUAGGCAACCGAAGAUGGGAUGCUUGGCGUUUUGGAGCGUUACGGUAUUGCUGAGAUGUACAACAGCGCGGAUCAAUCCAAAUUUGUCGACAAAGGCCUUCGUCUUGAAGACGAGCACGCCAGUCAGUGGAAAGACGACCGAAGUGCUCCUAGGUAAAACUUUGUGCCAAAUGUACAACGAUUCGAUCAGUGGAAUGGAGUCUGUUGAAGUUGAGUGACAGAGAUCGUGCUGAUUGCUUUUGGAGGUCAUCCAGACUCGCUGGGUCUUGUCGACAACCAUGUCACUAUGUGAUGGUACGAUGAGUUAAGAACACCUGCAAAACUUGAAGAAUAAUUCUUUGGCGAACGUAAUUUGGAUGACUGUAAUGAUGACUACUGAAAUCUUACGGAUUUCUUGUACUCAUUCGGAGAGUUUGCGGCAAGAAGAGCCCAGCCAGGACAUUAUUGUGAAGAAAGGGUGGACGGUUCGUUUGUACGGACGCAACAACACGUCCCGUAGGUGUUAUCGGACGCAUCACCAAAAAAGUGACGGAAUCAAAUUGUGGAACUCAGCCUACACGGAGAAGAUCAAUGGGUUGUGUUCGUUGUUGAGAGUUUUCAACGUCUACAAGCGUUGCAUGAACAGUUUUGUCUUAGUGACAGUAAAUUCCACUAGCUCCAGCUAGUCAAAGAUUUGGGUUACAUAGAAUAUGACCUUGGCACUUGGCAAGAAUGAAGGCAAGAACGAGGACAAAGAGCUUUUGAACUCUGAAUAGGAAUAUCGCUUUCCCGUUCCUAAAUAUGCCCAAGCGUGCUAACGGACUACCGAUUCUGGAUAUAUCAGGCACUGAUCGAUCUUUGGAAGGGAUGUCUUCGGGAGAUGGAGUUCGAUGCCCUUUUUUUCAGUGGUAACCCUGCAGAGUGGCAGCGAACUUGUCGCUACAUUCUCUCAUUGUCGCUUUCAAGGCGAUCCAAUCGUGGAAACAAUGCCGGAUGAUAAUAGAUAGAAAGUCAUCUUCUACGACAACUCCGACGAGGAGGGCGUCGUAGAGGAAAUGGCUCAAUGUUGUUUUACAUAAGACGUCAAAUAUGCAACCCUCGUCUUCGUGGUGACGCAUCUCACAAAAGUGCUUGCAAUACUCAUUGUUGGCCUCAUAAGUAGCUUGAAAGCUGCUGAAGUUGGUCAUCACAACUUUUAAGUUCUUAAGAAUAAACGUCUUGAAAUCGCGCUUCAACAGUGUAUCAGAACUUCAGCAAUAUGAAACAGAGCAACCUCCUACAAGCUAACGCUGGCGCUGCUUAACUUCUGAAGUACCCUCUUAUCCGAACUUUUGGUUACAUGGGUACUGUCAUAGGCGUAAGCCUGAACAUCCUCAUGUUUAGGAUGUUCUUGGUUGUCAAAUAGGUCUUGAAAUUAUUUGCUUCAUUUUUUUCUCUGAUUAAGAAGUGCAUUUGCUCCAAUUAGCUCAACACGGCGUCCACGUUUAUUUUUUAUUUUUUUAUCUGUAUUAACGAGAUUUUUAGCCCUAGGCUACACAGAUAAAAAUAAUGAGAUUUACACGUCAUGUAAACUUCAUUUUAGUCAUGUAAACUUAGUGUUAUGAUGGUUUACAUGAUAUAUCAUGUAAAUUUGUGUUAUAUGUCAUGUAAACUCUCAGAGUCAUGCUGAACUACAUGACAUAUAAUGGAAGUUUACAUGAUAUUUCUUGAACUUUACAUGAUAUGUCAUGUAAAUUUCUAUGAUAUUCCACGCUCCAAUUAUGUGCAUUAUAUGUCACAGAAUUUUACACUCUUUUUUCGAUCUGUGUAGUUCAUCUCGGAACCAACGCUUUACUUCCCUUCCGAAGGAAGAACUCACAUUUUGUGAGUUUUGUUGGGAGUGGGAUUCGAUCCCAGGUCCUCGGCGUGAUAGUCAAGUGUUCUAACCAUCACACCAGGUGCACUCCACGUCCACGUUUAUUUAGUGUACCAUUCAUACAACCAGUUUUUGAGAAAAUGGUGCAUGAUUUCUGGAAUCACCCUUCUUAAGUGAUACGUACCACCUGCUAGCAGGUCACGGUAUGAGAAGCAUUUAGUGGAUUUCACCCUUCGCAUAUUUACAGCGAUGGCACUCGUUGCUUCAAGUGGGUUGCGAGAGAAUCGAUUUUUCUGAGUAAUGAUUCAGUCUGUUCGGGUUUUAGCGUUUUUUAAGAGAGAGCGAAUCUGAAAACGCAAAGACUGGGUAAUACAAGUUUGGUUUUUGUCAGCGUUAUGUGACUAGUACGGUGAUGAUUUGCGGCACUGGUUUGGCUCUUCAUACUACUUUAUGUUCCGAUUUCUUCAUCAAUUUCAAAUCAACUAAUCCAUUUCCAAUGAAUAAUAAAAGAUAUCUUUUAAAAUUUGAUUGCGAACUAUUUAUUUUUCAAAUUUUGUGUGCAUGUAAAAAGUCAAAUUGUUGUGUAUAUGUAUUUUUCUAUUGACGGAUAUUGAUAAAGCUAGUUUAAUUUAUUGGAACGGCAUGUGUAAAUGAAGGUCUUUACGACGACUCUAAGACUCCAAAAUAGAAGAUCUAGUAAGCAGAAAGUUUUAAAGCAAAAACGAAAGGAAUUCAAUACAAAGACAGCAGAUCAAACAAGACACGAAAGUAAUGCAGUAUUCUAGAGCGGAAGUAAGCGUACAAUACAAUAUAUUAUACAUAUAUUUUUAUACAAAUAUCUAUACUUUAUCGCGUAUAUUUUGUAAGUAUAUUGUAGUGGCAACACGACGAGAGCGGGAGUUCGACUGAAGAGCACAAGAGAGCGGAGGGAGCUAUCGGCGCAUAAUAUAGUAGAAAGAUCGAAAGGCAUUUUAUUAUCUGAUUGUUCGACUGUAUUGAUUUUUGUACUUAUUUAGCUUACUUAAGGAACGCGGAGGAACGAACGUUACAUUAGCGGUACGAGUCGACGAUACCAACCCUGAGGGGGUUAUAAAAAUUUAUGAGAAAAGCGCAACAUGAUCGAAUCCGAAUAAAACGAAGAUGUUUCAGAGAACGUUACGAAAGCAAGAAAAACGUCACACGAAAGGCGCAGCGCAAAUGAGAGCGAGAAAUACGAGUCAAAAACGAAUCCAAACCAAAGCAAAGAUAUGCGUUCGAGUUCGAGCUGUACGCGGAAUGCGAAAUUCAAAAACAAUAUUUUUAAGGAUUUUACUGAUUUAUUGAGCAAGUGUAACCUGUAAGGUAAACCCAAAAAUAAUAUAUACGAUAAAUUUGUGCUUUUUCUUACAGA